UUUCGAUCCCCGAUUAUGAGGAGGUUGGGUAAACAGAGGACAGCGCUGCUUAUAAACAUUGUGGUGAUCACGGGCAUUCGCGUCGUUCAUAGAACACUUCUCAUGCAAAAUACGAUGACUGGCUACAGGGGUUGUAGUGGUCAUAGUCAUCGUGGCGCGUGCAGAGAUGUGGCGCUCACUAGGCGCCGUUGCGACUGUAAACAUCCUGGCUCUCAGAAUCACAGCGGUGCUCAGUCGGGCUGGUCUGCCAGCCAGUUCGGCCGGGAAGUUGUACAGCACCAGGGGGAGGGACAGGUUCCAGCAGCGGGCGCCAUUGGUUAGUUUUGAUGUGCUCCCCUUCGUCGUCCUCCUUCCCCUGGCCCGGGAAGGGCUCGCGUGGACCGCCCUCUGGAUCCUCUUGUUCUACAUUUUGAGCGCCACCUACCCCAGAUGGUCCCGCGGGGUGCCUGCCAGCUCGAAGGAGCAUGAGAAUAGCAAGUACUGGGCCGCGCGGAACCUCCUCGGCGCCAUCCACGCCGUCCUCGUCUCGGUGCUCAGCGUCCCCGCUAUGGUGGAGCUCAUGUUCGCGGCGGAUGCAGAGGUGGUGAGGUUCAGCUACUCCGUGCACCUGGCAACCUGCAAGGCGCCGGAGGAGAUCGCCCAGUGGAACACGGUGGGGGAGGCCAUAGCCCUUGCCGGGUUGAUGUUCACGACUUUUACCCUCGCAGAUUGCGUGGUGUCGCCAAUGCACGGCCUAAUUGGGUGGGACAUGGGGGUACAUCACGUCGCCUUCAUUUUCGCCGGCGCGGUGAUCCGCGGACACUGCAUGUUGCCGUUCAACGCGUCCGCACUGAUCAGUAUGGAGGUGUCGACUCCGUUUCUGAAUUACCUUGUCCACAACCAGCACAGAGGGGACGCCUACAAGACCAGGGUCGAUGCGGCAGGCGUGAUAUUCUUCGUCACGUUCCUCGUCUUCAGAAUCGGCCUGAACACGUACGCCACCGUAGUCCUGUGGAUUGCGCACUUCGGGGGCGUGCAGAUGUCGGCGCACAUGCCAGCCUGGCAGCAGUGGGUGAUGCUCCUGGCCGUCUCUGCCGGGGCCGCCAUGCAGCUCUUCUGGUUCCCGCACGUCACGAGGAAAGUGCGCUCACGUCUGGUGGUGCUUGGGGGCCGCCCCGCGGUGGGCGGGGACCGGCUGCUGGAGACGGCAGUCUGAGGCGCCGAGGCUGGCCGCCGAGGCGUGGUCACUCCGUGCGGCGAGUGAGUGGGGCUCGGGGGUCGCCGCAUGGUUGUGGGGCUCGGAUCAACCGAUCUCUCGGCGAGCCACUGCCGACCAAUGGCUCGCGUGCACACCCUCUGGGUCCGAGCCGCGAGGGCAUGCAGCCCGAUCCCGGGCGCAGCGGUGCGAGUGCAUCGGCCCGGGCGCUCCAGAGAUGGCCUCUCGUUGUCGUUGGGGUCCGAUCUAGUGCUCCUCCUCCUCCUCCUCGUCCUCCUCCUCCUCCUCCGCCUGCUCCUCAUGCUCCUCCUUCUCCUCAUCCUGCUCCUCCUCCUCCUCCUCCUCCU